AUGACGGAGAAAAGAGAAGCACUAACCAAUGGAAUGGAAGCUAUAUAUUUGCAAUGUGAACAACUUGCGCAGCUCGCGUCGGUCUCCUGGCAACGGGAGCCGGGCGGGAGCUGUCCUUGCAGGGCUGGUGCUGAUGAGCCGGGCGCGGACACCGCAACUCCGCUCGAACACCACGGAGGUGUCCGAUUCUCGGCGGCGGGUGACCAGAAUAGUGUCUGCCCUGAGGGGACAGAGCAGAUUGUGCAGCCAUGUUAUGACGAAGUGGUUGAAUAUCAAUUAAUUGAAGCUGCUGAAGCUAGUCACCAACAUGAGGAGGAGGAGGUUCUGAAGACCAAGUUAGAACAAGAAGAGCCUCCUAAUGCCUCGUGGCCUUCAGUGAAAAUUGAAGAUGUGGAUUCUGAAGUGGAUUCUUUAAAAUCAGGUCAGAAUAAGUUGCCUCCAAUUGAGUCACCCUCCUCAACAAGCAAGAGCAGGACACUUGCAGUGCCCAACGUCCACAAGGCAACACGAAGAAAUAAGCCACCAUCCCAUGAAGCCAGUGCAGAGCAGCCAGGCCAGGAGUUACACGGUGAAGCUUGGCAAAGCCAAACAAGUCUUCAGGUUGAUGAUAGUUUCAGAUCUCAGCAGGGUUCAACAUCAAGCAUUACCAGUGCUAUUGUUAACGAGCGCCUCCAGGAAUUGGUUAAACUCUUUAAAGAACGAACGGAACGAGUCAAAGAAAAGCUUAUUGACCCUGAUGCAUCCGAGGAUGAGGGAAGCCCAACUGCAUCACCCUCGAAGGCGGCUCCGGCAGCUCCUGCCCCACCCCCAGAGGAGAAAAAGGAGGAGGAAGAGAAAGAGGAGGAGCACUACUGUGAAAUGAUGUGCUGCCGGUUUAAAACAAGACCUUGGCUCAGGCGGAUCAAAUCCGUGGGACUUCCAUCCAGCGUUGAUCCUUUCAGCAACCCUCUGUAUGUUCUGUGGUUGUCCAUCGUGGUAUUAGCCUGGAACUGGAAUGUUUGGUUAAUCCCAGUGCGCUGCACCUUUCCCUACCAAACACCCGAUAACAUCCACCUAUGGCUAUUAAUGGAUUAUUUCUGUGAUCUGAUUUACCUGACGGACAUGAUUGUUUUCCAGUCUCGUCUCCAGUUUGUAAAAGGAGGAGACAUUAUAACAGCAAGGAAGCUUAUGAGAGAAAACUACCUAAAAACCCAGAAAUUUAAAAUGGACUUGGUGUCCCUUUUGCCUUUGGAUAUUUUGUACCUUAAACUAGGCUUCAGAGUAUUGCUGAGAGUUCCACGCCUCUUGAAGUACAUGACCUUUCUUGAAUUUAAUGAUCGACUGGAAGCAAUAAUGAGCAAGGCUUAUAUUUACAGAGUGAUAAGGACGACAAUAUACUUACUGUACAGUCUGCACAUAAAUAGUUGUCUAUACUAUUGGGCAUCUGACUAUGAGGGCAUUGGAUCCACAAAGUGGGUUUAUGAUGGCGAGGGGAACAGUUAUAUGAGGUGCUAUUACUGGGCUGUGAAGACCCUGAUUACAAUUGGAGGGUUACCUGACCCAGAGACAGUGUUUGAAAUUUUUUUUCAGCUUGUCAACUACUUCAUGGGAGUCCUCAUCUUCUCUAUCAUGAUCGGCCAGAUGAGAGAUGUGGUGGGUGCAGCGACAGCAGGACAGACUUACUAUCGAACCUGUAUGGAUAACACCGUGAGAUACAUGAACUUGUACAAAAUUCCCCGAGGUGUCCAGAACCGGGUGCGGAAAUGGUAUGAAUUCACCUGGGAGUCACAAGGAAUGCUGGAUGAAACCGAGCUAUUGGUACAGCUCCCUGACAAAAUGAGACUGGACAUCGCCGUUGACGUCAACUACAGCAUUGUCAGUAAAGUCGCACUCUUCCAGGGCUGUGACAGACAGAUGGUUUACGACAUGCUGAAGCGACUCAAGUCAGUUGUGUAUCUGCCUGGAGACUACGUUUGUAAGAAGGGGGAGAUUGGGAGAGAAAUGUACAUCAUUAAAGCUGGAGAGGUCCAGGUUGUUGGUGGCCCUGAUGAUAAGACUGUGUUCGUGACUCUGCGAGCAGGCUCCGUGUUUGGUGAGAUCAGUUUGCUGUCAGUGGGAGGCGGGAAUCGGCGGACUGCAAAUGUUGUUGCUCACGGAUUUGCAAAUCUUUUCAUCCUCGACAAGAAAGACUUGAAUGACAUUCUCAUCCAUUACCCAGAUUCUCAGAAACUGCUCCGAAAGAAAGCUAAAAAACUUCUUUCUAAGGAUGGUGGAAAACCAGUAAAGAUAGGACCAAAAGGAUUCCAGCACAUCAUCCCACCCAGACCUGAGACUCCUAAAUUAUUUCUCGCAGCCCUCUCAGUAGCAGGAAAAUAUGGCAUCAAAGGAACAUUCUCUCUUAUUAAGAAGAAACUUAUGGAAUCUGCCAGCAUGCAGCCUAUCCCACAACCUCCUCCCUCUCCUGUUCAUCACCGGUCACCUGUUUUGGUAAAAAUGCCGGAGGACGUUGAUGAUGACGAUGAUGAGGUCAUUUCAGAAACAAUGGAUUCCUCUGUCUCGAUCAAGAUGUCUCCUUCACGUGAUGGGUUAAAGGAACAAAUUCUGUCCGUGGAGGUUCCAGAUGAAGAAGAAAAGUCAGAAAAGUGAUACUGCUUUGGACUUACAUUUUGUUUUGUUAAAAGUAGCAGUUAAGAGUGAGCUUCAUAAGUUGUUAAGAAUUAGGCUCACAGUGAUUUGCAUCUUUAAAAAAAACAGCUGCAUUUAUUCAGUAUAUUUCACAUCUCAGGAUGAACCGAAGUGCUUUACAGUUAAUUAAGAAAUUUUUGAAGUGUAGUGGCUGUCACAAUUUGGAGACACACAGCAUAAUCUGUUUUAGGUGUUGGUUAGUGCUAAAUCUAUUAGGGGAAACCCAACACAAACGUCUUCUGCAGUUGCUAAAACGGUUACAUAUUUUACCAUGUAAAACUACCUGUGUCUGUGUAAAGGAGACCCUAAAAAUACACUUAUGAACACAUACAUCACAUCUGACCUUUGCACCUCAUAUAAAGCCACUUCUAAAUCUGAUUCAUCAAUGGAUAUAUUCAUAAAAACAAUUCAUAUACUUGGACAUUUCACUUCAAUUACCUUAUCCGCAUUCAGAUAUACAUAUUGCACCGCAGAUAUGCCAUACACAUCAAAGGGAGACAGGUACAGGUCUUGUCCAUGGUGUUGGCAGUUAAAAAGUACUCAGAACCUAAUUACCUACGAAGCUCUUCAUAAAUAUGACUCACAUGUACUAAACAGCAACAUUAACGUAAACAUAAACAGGGCUUCAGUACCAUCAACUCGUAUAAAGUGAAACCAAGCGACAUAGGUGACAACAAGGCUUCGCUCAUAGAUGAGCUCAAUACCUUCUACGCUGACUUUAACUGACAAAACAUGGAGGAACCUUCACAAACUCCCACAGCCACCGAUGAUCUUGCGAUUUCAGUCUCUGAGGCCAAUGUGAGAGCUGCCUUCAGGCAGGUUAACCCAUGGAAAGCAUCCGACCCAGAUGGGAUAUCUGGCCAAGUACUAAAGACCUGUGCAGUUCACUGAGAUCUUUAACCUCUCACUUAACAGCCUGAGGUACCACCUGCUUCAGGCAGGCUUCAA